CUAAACCCGAAUGGGGUCUGUUUAGACAGUUAUCCGGUAGCAAUAAUCGAUUAGGAAUAAAAUUGUUUGCCGUAAUAUAGCUGUGUGAUCAUAUGCACAAAGCUCAUUUCUGAUAAGCACCAGGUAUAUUUCUGCCAUACCAAACUCACCAGGUGUCCUGGAUAUCCCUUGCAGGAUAUAUUCCUACUCCCAAUGUUCGCAAGUUCACGGGUUGUUUAGGGGUGGCGGGAGAUGGGUUCAUUUUUAAAAGAAACUCAUAAGCGAGGGAGCGAAGCCAAACUAAUCUACUGAAUAUGGUAAGGAAAUUUAUGCUAUAGUAGAGAGGAGGAAGCGUGACAUUUCUGUGUUUUUCGAUCCCUCUUGGAAAACUCACUUUUGGACAUAUCGAUUAAGCCAUCUAAACGCAAUUGUCAUUCCUCUGUCAUCUUGAUACUGUUUAGUUGUCCCAUAGGUAGAAUGAAUUGAGUUCUGCGCUACAAUGCUACCAAUCAGUCUCAACCGUAGCCUGACUGUGCAGCAAAGGCCAAAUUGCACCAAUGUUACGUAAUGUUCUUGGUCUGUGCUUUCAUGAUGUGACUUUUAAUAAAACUAAAACAUUUGUCCGUCUACUAACAGAGAAUAACAACAAAUAAGGAACCUUUGACUGGGCUAUAAAGGAUCGAAUUCAGUGGAUUUCAUGAAAUACCUGCGGUACACGUAACGAUAAAAUCUUGACACGUCGACAGAAAGUGUAUAAACUGCGUUCCUUUUAGCACGUAUGAAAAGGGCGGACGCUUCCUUUUUCUCGAAUCAUUGUGUGAUUUUGGAUUCUGUGCGUCGUCAUCGGCCUUGCAUCCGUCUGCUCCCGUGAAAGGGAGGCAUCCAUUUUUUUUCUCCGUUAGCGCCACGAGGGCCAACGACCUGAUAAGGACCAAGACCAGGUGGCUGGUCUAAGUGAAAACAAAGUCACAUGAUAAUGUCUUGAAGAGUGUGGGACAAAAUAACCGUACUUCUGAAGGACUGCGCCAUCUUGUUUCUCAUAUAGGAACCUUCAAAAUAAAUUUCGCAUGCGAGUUGAAGAUUGGUAUAUCCUGGCGCUGUAUAGGGAAUCUGUAACAUCGGGAUACUAGGUCAAAGGAAAUAGAUACAUGAUUAUACAAAUUCUAUAGUAAUUCAGUGAUCACUUUGGCAACACUUAUUUUGGUGGAUCUUUCAAAGAAACAGAUUUAACGGGAGAGUGAUGCAGAGUGUGCAAAUUGUAUUUUAAUAUCGUUUUCUAAAUGAAAUGGUUUUUACGUCUAAGCAAUAAGCUUAUCAGUUAUUUUCGACUUCUUUUUUUUGUGGACAGCGGGAAAAUAUAAAAAAGCUACUCUGAUCGGAUAAAUGUAACACCGGGAAUAUAAUUCACUCUUCAAAGAGAUACAAUAUGACUAUGUAUCCUAAUACGCAUAUUGUUAUCAAGGUCUUAUGGUAAAAUUUGUAGUGUGACUUCCGAUACCAUUUUUAAAACACCUACGAGGAAGGAAGCCGUCAUUGUUUUCUGAAGGAUCUUUCAUUGUUCUAGUAACUCCUGUGGAAGUUUCACGUGAAACAUAAUUUAACUACUAGUUGGGAAUCUCCUCUCGAACAGGAUUUCGGAUAAUACGGAAUUUUACCGCACCAAAUUGUGGAAAUAUUCUGGAGUACCGCGGGGAAUGUCAGCCACUGUGGAACUAGCGACGCGCAAAGUUUGGUAAAGUAGAGGAAUUAGUGUCUUCGAAGAUAUCUUCAAGUUAUUCGCAAUCUACAGCAAUGGCUUCUGCAAGAUCAACGUUGCUGUACUCACUGCAGUUAACAGUCAUAGUUCUGCUUUCAGUUGCUAGUGUGCAAGCAAGACGAUCUCGAGCUCGCAUAAACGACUCUCGUUUCAUGUAUAAGAAGGACGGAACAUGCCCAGCUAGUGAGGUGGUAAAUAGACUCUCGAAUGCAGUUUGCGAUAAUGAAGAAUGUGUAUACGAUGCAGACUGUGAAGGCACAGAAAAAUGCUGUAUCAACAGCUGCGGAGGAAGAUCAUGUGUGGUCCCACAAGAUAUCGUAACGGAUCCACCCGUGAUAUCAGAGGUGGAUGAUCAGUCAGGCUUGUUGACUGUCAAUGAAGGAGAAACUGCAGUUCUUUACUGCAAUGCCUCCUCCAGGAUCCCGACAUCCUUUGGCUGGAUUCUUAUUCAACCUGGAGCGAGCGUCCCAAAUAUUGAUGUCUUUCCCCCUGGCUCGGCCACGGGAAACAAACAAGUGUCUAGCGAUGGGAGAAUAAUGACAGUGACCGGCGCCACGAUCCAGGAUACGGCUAACUACGCAUGCGUGGCAGCUUCCUUACUUGGUUACGUCACAAGGUCUUACCAGCUAUUCGUUCAUGCAACAGGAUCAGGAGGGAUAGUUCACCCUCCGGGCACGAUACGUGGAGAGGAUCAGCCACUCGCUGCAGCGGGAGCAGCGAACAGUAACCCGGAUGUUGCAUCUAAUUGGCCAGAACUUGUGAAUCCCUAUCUGACCGAACUAUCACAGCGGAUAUCAACUACGCCCCCACCGACAGCGGUGCCUACCCCAACAAUGGCUAGCGUGCCUCCCGGUGGCGGUGGACUGGAUGGUGCUUUCCACGGCGUGACAAACUCAGUGUGCCAGCAACCAAGAAACAAGGGAACAUGUAACAGCCAAGAGCAAAGAUGGUUUUUCAACACAUCGAAGGGCAAAUGUGAGCUUUUCACCUACAGCGGUUGUAAUGGUAAUCUGAACAAUUUCCAAACCUACGACGAUUGCAACCGAACAUGCCCGCCUCUCUCCGACAACCCGUGCGAACAGCCGAUCACGACCGGACCUUGCCGAGCGCGUAUCAUGAGAUGGGGCUAUGACAGCAACGCGGGAGGGUGUGUCAAGUUCGUCUAUGGUGGUUGCAGGAAAAAUGGAAACAACUUUGGAACGAGAGAGGACUGUGCCGAUAGGUGUAUGCAAUCAAUGAUGAUCUAUGAGACCCUGCAGCAGACAUCGAGUGCUCGGGUCGCAGAGUGUCGUUGCACAAGGCCUCGACUCAAAAACUGUUUUUGUGCUUCUGAGUUCGCAAUCGAAGGGACCGUUAUUCAGAAGCACAACUCCUUACGUGGUGACAUCCUGGUCGUAGAGGUCGCUAAUGUCUUUAAACAAGGAACCCUGUCGCUGAGGAAGACCGAGAGAUUAACAAAUAACGUCACAAUCAUUCGAGACAUGUCACAAAUCGGGAGGAGUUGUCAGUGUCACAGCCUUGAACCAAAUAGCGUUCCAUACAUCAUCAUGGGCUACGUCAACACGAGGGGAGAUGCGGAGAUUGAUUCCAACUCUUACGUCAGUGAGGCAACACGACGGAGAUCAAACAAACUCGGGAGCCAAAAUAUGAGACCGCAGUACUGUCGGCAAGCCUCGCGCCAGAGCCCCCGCGAGAGAUCGGGCUCUCGAGGACGACAGGAACAAUAGAAUGGAGGACGUAGAGGGCGUCGCAGAGUCACCAGACAGUAGUAGCAUAAGAAGAAAUGACCAGUGGGAUGGUUUCUUACGAUGCGUCAUUCCAUUGCGCCUAUCAACAACGUUGAGCCCAAGAGGUUCCGUCGAACACGAAGCGACUGUUCGCUAAUUUAGCAACUGCCUUAAAGAUUCAACUGGCAUUCGAUGCAACGAUCACAACAUAGAUGAGAGUGGUAUACUGCACAAAGGAGAUCCGUACAAACGGGAGAACUCGUAUCCCCGAAGACUACCUAAAUACCCCCAAAGAAUCUUACUUAGCCUUGAAAUCAGGCCACCAAUCUCCGAAGCGUUGGAAAAUUGUGCAGUGAUUGUGAAUCGUAUCCUGCACAUAGAUAAUCAUGCAAAGACGAUCUCCAACAAUGCCAACAUUCAAGUCAAUAUACUGGGAACUUUUAUGUAUGAGUAAUGAUGAGUCAAAAAAAAUUAGGGCCAUUUCUACAUACUGCCAUCAAAGUAUUUGCCUGUUUGUGUAUCUCAACUGCAUGAUACCAUCUGGUCCAUGCUAGAGUCUGUUAACGUAAUGGAUUGACGCCUCGGUAAUGACCAUACUUCUCAUAUCUAACUUGUAUCUAUUAACGCUGUAAAUCAUUGUACAGGUUUUUACGACUGAUUAUUAUUUGAAUAUCCACAUCAUUACUCAUUAUUUUCAGUUGAGGUAAAGAUAUCGAAAGUGGUCCAACAGAUUAUUUCUUAUUUUAUCAUUGUCAAAUUCGUUGGUAUCAAAAUAUGAUUCCGUAUGUUUUGGAGAAUCAUUUACUCUUUGACAAGGGGCAUUAUCUUACUAGACAGAAAAACCCGAAAACACUUAUUACUACAAUAUGAUUCUCGUAAUGAGAAUGCAAAAGGCGGAGGGAAGUAUCACUAUGCAUGCGUGGAAACGGCGUUCAUUUGGUGCAGUUUGUUUUGUUCAAUUAAAACUUGUUUGUAUUAUUACGCGUUUUCCAAAACAUUCCCGCGCUGCAACAUCAAGUCCAUAAUAAAUCAAUGCAUCGGCAUUUUGAAACCGUAAGGGGAUGGCACAUAAAGGAUAAAAAAAACCUGGAAUAAGUUGGCUGGUAGGAAACAGACAAACAAAAGAAGCAAAUUAAUGAAAUUCUGAGAAAAAAUAAACAGCUAAUGAUAAGAUAGUUAUUAGCAUUUGAAUGUUUGGAUCAUGAAUGUUUUGUUACCCCCCCCCCCCCCACCAUUGGCAAUACGACCAAUAUUUGUCACAGAAGUAAAAUAUAUUUAUUUUGUCCUGACCACUGGAAAUACACACCCGAAAAUAUACUUUGCUCAUUAUAAUGAUACUACAAUUUCUUUUUUCAUGAUAUAUUUCAUGAAACCUGUAUUACAUGCCCAUCCAUGAAAAAGACAACUUUUGAUUUAUUGAUAGACUUGAUAAAUGUGACAAUCUAUGUCAAAUGUGUAGUUAAGUUUAAAUGGGGAAUUGUACAACUGUAAUAUCAGAAUUGUUGGUAUCAUUGCCAAUGGAAAGAUGUCCACGUAAUUAGAGAUAUCAAUAUUCAAAUGCUUUAAACUUUAAUUUUUUGACUCGUUUGAUUUUUUUCUGUUUUCAUGCAAGCUUACUCGAUGCAAGGAAUAAUUAUCCUUUAAUCUUAGUUAGAUAUGGGACAAUUUAUUAGUAUCUGAAUUAGAAUUGGAAUUGCUUUUAUAGUUGUAUUUGUUUAUGUCUUCUAUUUUUUAUUUAGAUGUUUUUUUUCUCUAUUUUACUUUCUUUGUUUAAAAGGGGUAAAGGUUAUUUGUCGUUUUCUUUUGUUCGUUGUUGUCUUGUUUAUCCAACAAAUAAUACUCAAUUUCUUGUCUUGAAGAGGAAAUGAAAGUUACAAUCCUUGAAAUCAUCCUCAGAUAAUUAUUUUCUUUAAAUCUUUGCCGGUUAUGAGGACAAUUUGUGUUGAGCUCUUAUUGAAAAUGUGCAUGUUACAUCAGGGGAAUCUUAUUUUAAACAGAAGCAUAUCUAGCGAAAUCAUCACCAGGGGGGGGCAAAUUACGUCAUUUUUAUAUCUAACGUUGAAAUCACAUCCUUUCCACAUAUCUACAAAAGCGGAUUCUUUAUUUGAUUUUUUUGGGGGGAGAGGGGGUAUUACAUUGAUUUUUCCCCAUCCGUCUCUCUUUCUAUCUUCUUCGUUUUCUAAACGUUAGCACUUAAACCCACUCCCCGAAAUUGGAACCGGGGCACGUUUAUCUGUGACCCCACUGGAUAUGCAACUGAUUAAUAAAUGUAUUUGACAACUAAUUUUAUAUGUAAAGGCAUGUUAACACCAUUCAUGCCACAAUUUGUAACAAAAGUUUAAUCUUUCACGAUUUCCGAGAUGUUGUUGUUUUUUAAUCUAUCUUUAUCAUUUCAGAUAAAUCAAAACUGAUAUAUCAUGCAUCACAUGAAAUCAAAAGUUCAAUCUUAUCUAUAUUUACAACUAUAUUACGUACGCAUUGUAAUUACCAUUAUUCUUAUCUUGUUAGCAGGUGUCUUUUUGUUUAUCAUGAAAUGCCUUGAGUAUCUUAUUAAGAGCCCGUUGCAUAAAAGUUACUGGUAUGGUAAGUUUGCCUUCCAAUGGCUACUACCAUGGUAGUUACCCAACAGCCAAUCAAAAUCAAGGAUUUCAUUAAAUACAUUGGAUGGCAAAGUAAAAACACUUCUAGCUUUUAUGCAACGGGGUCCAGAAAGGAAAAUAAUCCUGUAGAAUUUCUUAUAUUUCUGAUAAAGAAAUAAAAAAUGCAUAAUUAAUGCUUGAUGGAAUAUAAUUUCAUCAUGCUUUUAUUGUAAUGAUACCAUAAAAAUAUGUCUAAAAUUCUUGAAAAUAGAUAAAACUGAAGAUCGUGUUGUUAUUUAAGUUGAAGAUAUAUUAACAUAACAAGAGAAACUUAACAAAGGACAGUUAUGAGGGGCAGUCUUUAUCAUGACAGAAAAGUAUGUCGCAUACAAACACAAGAGUGUAUUUAUUUAUUUUCUUUUAUAAAGAGGAUAAUUAAACCAAGCCCAAUAAAAUAGUCAUUAGAACUAAAGACUUUUUCAUUUUAAUUAUUGUAUAUUAUGAAAUUCAGUGCUUGUCCUGUCAAAAUGGAUUUUAAAAUAACAAGUUACUUUUUUUCAAUACAAAUGUCAAUAGUUAUGCUAAUUUGGGUUGAUAUUGAGUAAUAUAUAAGUAUCAUACCAGGUUUAUUUUUAUGCCAGUUGAUAUAUUAGAAAUUUGGGAAUGUAUUACAAAAACAUUUUACUUCUAACAAAAACAAUUAUGAUAAAACGAUCUUAAUCCGGAUCAACAGUUCAAGUUUUGAUUGUAUUAUUGUUGUAAUUUGGGUUGAUUGUUUUUUUUAAAGUACUGUACAUGAAAGACAGAUUCACAUCAUUUCACAAUGAUACUCUGAAAUGGUCAAUAAUCAACGAAUAAAUACAGUUUCAUUUACAUUUAUUUGCUCUUAAUGGAAAUGUCAUUUUAAUGAUAAUAAUGACAGUGAAUAUUUUGGAGCUCAUUGUCUGGCAAAACGUUAAUGUUAGCGCAGUCAUGAUAGAGAUAUGGGUAAAUAUGACUUAUGGGAACGGCAUAGCUAAGAUUAAGAAAGUGGGCAAAUUAACAUUAUAUUGAUAUGAAUGGAAUCCAACGUAAUUGCAAAGUAAGGUAUAUUGUUAGACAUUAUAGAUGUUGUUAUUAGAAUACGAUCUACAAGAAAUACAAACAUGUUCAGAUUAAGUCCAAUGGUAAAUAAGCACAAGUUAAUUACAAUAAAAAGUUGGGAGUUCAAAUAGUUCAUUCAAAUGAACCCUGCUGGAAAGUGUCACACAUUUUGAUCACCAUGUGUUCACAUGGUGGACUUUGUAAAAAUAUCAUUUAUCCUGUUCAUUUGCUCAAAUUUCACAGUGUGAAGCCAUUUUCACACUGUGGCCACCUCGACACUGUGACUACUUAAAGCGUGUUCACAUGGUCGACUACGUGAAUAUGAUAGUCAUACACACUGUUGAAAAAAAUGCGCAGGUUUAACAGUGUGAAUGUGAUUUCACAGUGUGUUCCAUACUGUGAACACACUGUGGGAUGCUGUGUUCAUUCCAGUAGAGAAGUAUUACAUUGUCGUACACUGAAGCAAUACAUUUAACUGAUAAAUAUUUGAUAAUACGUAUCCUUCUGAAGUAAAUCUGAAAUCUUUUUUUUUCUUCAAAAAUUGUUAACCUUUUAUUUCCAUCGCCAAAAAUCGUAUCAAUCUCUGAGAAGCAUCGGCCAUUUCAAGGAGGCCUACAUUGUGUUUUUUUCUGGUUUACUUUAAAGUACUAACUCUAUAAAAGAAGUUAUCAUGGGGGUACAUAUUAAGCCUAACGGAAUAAGCCCAUACACAGGUGCCUUAUAAAGGAUUCCAAAUUCAUAAAUACAAGGGUUCUUGUAUGUCUUCAUGAAUUAUGUCAUUAAAUGUAAUAAAUAUAUUUUAAAUCAUCCAGUAUAAAACUG